AUGGAUGGUAUACAUAUAAAUUAUAUGAAAUGUGACAAAACAAGAGAUAUAACUUACGAGAAAAAUAAGAAAAAUAAGAAAAAUAAGAAAGAUGAAAUACAACAUCGGAAUGAUGAAAUAGAUGAAAAUAAAAUAACAGAAGAAUAUGUUAUAUGGGAGGAAAAAAAAUUAGCGCCUCCCAAAGUUAAAAAUAAUAUGCCUGAUAUAAAUAAAAAAUAUUUAAGAAUGGAUAUGCAAGUUAAAAAAGAAAAUUUAGAAAAAGUUGAGCCAGUUGAGCCAGUUGAGCCAGUUGAAUACAUUGAAUUAGUGAAAAAAAAAAGUGAUGAAAAUAUAUUUUGCAAGCAAUCUUGCAAUGAUAUUAAUUAUAAUGAAAAGAAAAAAAAAGGAAUAAAUAAAUAUGUUUUAUUUGAAAAUAAAGAAGAAAAAAGAAAUAAAUUCCCUAUUUUAUUGGAAAAAAAUCAUAAUGACAAUAUUGAACAUUAUGAUAUUAUGUCAAAUAGUGAUACUAUAUUAUCAUCAGAUAAUAGUUUAGAAAAUAUGUAUGAAAUGAGCUAUAACUAUUUCAACUAUAAUAAAAAUAAUGUAAACAAUUUGGAUAAUUUAGUUUCAAAUUCAAGGGAAAAAUUUAUAUCAAAAAGAUUGUCUAAAAAGGCAAAUGAAAUAAAAACAAAUAAUAGUGGGAAAAAUAAAAAAAGAUGUAUGAAUGAUCGAAGUGAUAAAUUUUUGUUAAAAAAUGAGGAAGAAACGGAUGAAGAAACGGAUGGAGAAACGGAUGGAGAAACGGAUGAAGAAGCAAAUGAAGAAACGAAUGGUAGCGAUAGUACAUGUAAAAAAGUAAAAUUAUUAACUGGUAAUAAAAUGAAGAAUUGUAAUAUUUUUAAUGUUGAUAAGGAUCUUAAAAAAUGUAAACUAGGCCCAAUUGUGUGUAAAUUGAUAAAUUGUGAUAUAAAAAAUGAAGAAAUUCAAAUUAACCCAAAUAAAAAUAUAAUCGAUUUCAACCCAUUAAAAUAUAUAUCUAAUCAAUAUAUGGAAAAUAGUUAUAAAUAUAUUGUAAGAAAUGAUGAAAAUUACCAAAAAAAUUAUAUACCCUGUUGUUAUAAUAUGUGCAACGAAUUUAUCUAUAAAAUUAAAAAUAAAAUUUCUGGAAAAAGCAAUAGAGAAUCUUACUUAUAUAAUAUUGUUCCUACAAAAGAUGAAGAAAUUUAUCUUAUUAAAAAUAAUAUGAUAAUGAAAUAUAAUAAUAAUUUAAAAGAAGAAAAUGUAAUGAACAGAUUAAAUAUUAAAGAGAAAAAAGACAUGAACAAAAAAAAAAAUAUUAUUCCUAGUAACACAAAUAGCUAUAUUAAUAAUAGUAACAAUUCAAAUGUUAUAACUUUUAUAAAAUAUGACCCUAAAAAAUAUACUACAAAACCAUAUUUAUAUAAAGAUAUAAAAUUAAACAGUGAGACAAAUGGUAUUAAAAAUAAUUUUCAAUUAAAAAAGGAAUGUAAAAAUUACUUAAAUAAUUUAAUUUGUUAUACUCCUAAACAUAAUAAAAAUAUAUUUUAUAAAAAAAAAAAAAACUUCAAAAAGAAUAAGACAUAUAAAAAAAAUAUAUUUGAAAAUAUAUUAAAAAAAGUUAAGUUGUUAAGUUAUGCAAUAUUUUUCUGCUUUUUUAUUAGCAGUAAAAAUAGAUCAAUCAAAGAACAAAAAAAGAAAUAG